AUGUCCCAUCUUGUCCAUAUCUUACCCGACGAUAACCCCACCGUCAUCAAAGCUUCAAAGUUGCCAGAGUUGUUCUCAUCCUAUCGCAACGCGGUCAAGGCGAUGCUGCUCAAUCUAGCUGCUGAAUGGCGGAAUCAAGCGAGCGUACGGUACAUCCGCGACAAUGGCUCCGAUGGCUCCGAUGAUGACGACGACGGGGACAACGAGAGCGACGAUGACAGCGGCACCAGCGAGCACAGAGACAGAUUUCUAGCCAAGCUCAGUGCUGAGUGGAAGGCACAGUGUCAUCCCGAGAUGGUUGUCGAGCCCGAGCCAAAGCUUCUCGCUCUGUGGAACGCAUUCAGAAACAUUCCAAGGGAACACUUCUCGGAUGUCAUGCAGCGUUCGCAGAGUCCGGGAUUCAGUUCGAUUGCUUUGGGGACUCGAGGCCGUGGAUCCUCGCUAUCAGAGACGCCGCGAAGGUUGAGCUUAAGGAAACGGGACUUUGCGAGGGGGUUUUGGAGGAUGAUCUUUGAUCCCACUGUGUAUUAUGGGCUGGAGCUGACAGAAGCGCCAGAAAGGAGCGGAGGUAUGUUAACUCAUGUAUGA